AUACACCGUGAAGCGAUGGUCGUGUGGAAAGGUUUUACGUGGCAAUGUAGAGUCCCUCGCGGGACGAUCGUGCUUUAUGCGCUGCUGUUUUGCCAAUUGUACUCACUUGUUGGGACGCAACAGCAACCCCCACCGCAACAACAACAACAUCCGCCGCCGCAGCAGCAACAUCCGCCGCCGCAGCAGCAACAACAUCCGCCACCACAGCAGCAACAUCCGCCGCCACAACAGCAACAUCCGCCGCCGCAACAACAACAGCCACCGCCGCCACAGCAGUAUCAGCAACAGCAUCCACCCCAACAGCAGCAACAGCAUCCACCUCCACAGCAAUUCCAGCAGCAACAGCCGCCACCACAGCAAUUCCAGCAGCAGCAGCACCCACCCCCGCAGCAAUACCAGCAGCAGCAACAGCAUCCGCCUCCACAGCAACAGUUCCAGCAACAUCCGCCUCCUCAGCAACAAUUCCAGCAGCAACCUCCGGUACCUCACGACGUCGUCGGUCAGCAUCCACCACAGGUGCAGCAUCAUCCAGCAGUAGCACUGCAAGACAUCCCAGAACACGACCGACCAUGGUACGAAAUGCUACCAGCUGUUGCAAUGGACUACAAGGUGCACAUCGAUGCCGGCAAGGAAGAUUGCUACUUCCAGUACGUCCAGCAGGGCAGCACCCUCUAUGUAAGUUUCCACGUUAUCCGUGGAGGUGACGGAAUGGCCGGAUUCGCGGUGCGCAAUCCUCGUGGUGAAAUUGUCCACCCGUACCAGUGGCAGGCGUCCAGCGAUUACACGGACGGGGCCGCCAUGGGAGGUUUCUAUGCCGUGUGUAUCGAUAAUCAGUUCUCGCGAUUCGCCAGCAAGCUGGUCAAUCUGUACAUUACCGUCAUCCGGUACGAAGAAUGGGAAAAGUUCACCAAGGAGAUCGAAGAUUUGAAUGUGAACAUGAACAACUUUACGGGCACCAUUUCGACGGUGGAACGGAACUUGAACGCCAUGUUCCAGUAUCAGGCACAUUCCCGCAACAACGAAGCCCGUGAUUAUGCGCUGAUUUUAGACAACAAUGCAUAUAUCUGGAAGUGGUCGGUGCUGCAGAUUCUUGUGAUCGUUUUUACUACCUCGGUGCAGGUGUACUUCGUGCGGAAACUGUUCGACAUUAAGACGGGCAGUGGCAAAAGUCGCAUUUAA